AUGGUAGGAUUCGCUCUUAAGUCAACAAGUUCUCUCUACCGGACUGUGGAGAGUUUUCGCACGAACAAGAGGUCUAUCCGUGAGCUUAAGGAAGAACUUGAGUCUCUCGAACAGGUCCUAAUUUCCUUUCAGCAGCUUGCGCUGGAGACUGAUACGGACCUUGAAUCACUUAAGCUCCCCUUACUCCGUCGUAAAGCCACCGUUACAACCAAUGUUCUUAAUGAGUAUAAGAAACUGAUUGCGGAUACAACGUCCGACCUCGAAGAACACCUGGCUGAGAUUGAGAGCAGGCUUCAAGCCUUUCCUGUACAACGAGGGGGAGAAUCGGAGAACGGAAGCACGGAGUGGGCGAAAAUCCAAGAGGAAAGGGAAACCACGAGAAAGUGCAUUGAGAUCUGCACUCGGGUUGGAGACUAUAUCGACACAGUCCAAAGCCACGAUCUCAGGGGCGUCCCUUCCUCGUCAGCUUCUCAACGUGCUACUGUCGAAACAUUGAAAGAGUGUAAGGACAAGCUUACUGCUUUAUCCACUGAGAUUGGAAAACGAUCGGAGGAGUUGGGCAACAGGCUAGAGAAAAUUAUGUCAUUAGAAGUCAAGUUAUCCGAUGAAGAUGCCGACAACAUGAGAAAAGUUCAAGCUGAGAGAGACGGUCUCAAGCAAUGCCUUGCAAUCUGCAAUGAGGUGUCAGCGCAGACGCAAGGCCUCAGAAUGAAUGUCUUUGAGGAUGUUAUCUCAGCAGACGAUGCCCACCAACUGAUUGUAUCAACCUUGGGGGAUCUAAUUUCUGCAAAACGAAUAACGACCGGGGCUAGGUCGGCUCAAUGGCUCGGUCAGAUGUCUGAUGACGCUUUGCAGCGGCUCUCGCGAGACCGCGCCCACAACGCCUCGGACACCACGGUUGGGAUUGAUUCGAAGACAGCCAGCUUUCAAGGGCGCUACGGUGCCGGCUACCAGCUUGGGGCCGAUGGAUCCGGUAUGCCGCAAAAUCCGUCCGGAACGACUGAUUAA